AUGAGAAAUGCACGUGCUUGCGAAGCUUGCAGAGCAAGUAAAAAUCGAUGCGUCUUUGCCGAUGACAGUACAAUAUGUCAGAGAUGCGACCAAGCCAAACGUCGAUGUGUGGUUCGAGAGAAAGCCAGACCAAGGCGUGCUCGUCGUAUUGUAUGUCCAGAGAGUAGUACAAAGUUAGAUGAUACCGGUAGCCCAGUAUCAUCCGCCCCCUCGCUUUCCGUGGAUAACCCCUCAAAAGAUGGAGGGUUUUCUCUAGAUCUUCCCACAACCGUAUAUCACGAUCCAGCAAAAGACACCGAUAUUCUACAAAAUCAUCACAAACGCGUCUUUAAAGACGAUAAGUCACAGUCGCCUCCUCCAUUGAAGGAUGCACUACCCGUACCAUUAAAAUAUAUCUCCGGUCGCAAACUCACCUUAUCCCAAGCGACGCACCUCCUUAACUCCUAUAUUCCCAAACUUCCAUUCUUCCCUUUCGUCACUCUCCCCGCAAACCCCACUAUUCGAACCCUGUCCCAACAAUCUCCUUUUCUUCUUUUGGCCAUCCUCACCACCGCCGCUACUCCACAUCCAUACCUCCAUCAUCAACUAGACCAAGAGUUCCGUCGUGUUUUAAGUCUCAAAUUAAUCGUCGAGUCGCAAAAGUCCCUCGACUAUCUUCUCGGUCUUCUGGUAUACAUAGCUUGGUAUCCCGUGCAUACCAAACCACAAUACAAUCCAUGUUUUACGUACAUGAAUCUUGCCAAUUCCUUGUCUUUAGACCUGGGACUUGAUCAAGCAGAGCCUCAGAGUGCUCUUUUUCGAGAAUUUGAUCUGAAUGGUCUUGUGGAUAACGAUGGUGCGUGGACGAUGGAGGCUAGAAAUGCUUACAUGGGAUGUUAUGUUUUGGGUUCUCAUCUUUCCAAGGGAUUCAAUAAACCACAAACGAUGUCCUACGAGAAUCUUCUUCCCAGCAAUCCAAAUUGCUUCGUUCCAUCACAUACAACCACACCAGCAACAGCUAUGGUGAUACUUGAGCGUGUGGCAGAUCGUAUCAAUGAUGCAUGGACCGCAAAGAACUAUCCGCAAAUGGAUGUUUUCAGCACCGAAUUAUACGUUCAAUUAUUCACCUCUGAACUAGACACCUGGAAACGAAAUGUACCAGAAUCUAUGAGUUCUUCACCACUCCUCGCCCUCUAUCACAAACACACCCACUUCUCAAUAUACACCCACUCACUCCGUCUUCUCCGUCGUCCAUACCGCCCUUUCAUCCCCGGCACCACAGAAAGCAUUCCCUCCCCCUCACACCUCAACACCUGUCUCCGUCUCGGCUCCUCCUACUUCCAACAUCUCCUCUCACUCCCCACCUCAGACUACGCCCAUUUCAAUCUAAUCCACUGGUCCCAACUCGUACACUCCCUUGUCGGGCUCGUACGCCUCACAUUCGUGCUCGCACACGUGGAAAACUGGUCUGCGGAGACGACGCGCGAGAAAGUGGGGUUGAGUAUGUAUCUCGAAGCAUUAUGUUUUAGACUUAGUAGUCUUUCUUCCAAUUCUCAGAUUCCCUCUGCAGCAGAUGCAGAUAUAGAAUCUUCUGAAACUGGGACGAGGAAAUCGGGAAGCAGUAAAGCAAAGAAAAAACACUAUGAUAGAUAUUUCGUCAUGCAUGGGAUGUUAACUACACUUAAGAAAACGUGGGAGGAGAGAGUCGAAGCGAUAGUUCCGAAAGUGGGAGUGAUUUCGAGGGGAAAAUGUCCGAUGUUUGAUCCGGAGAUGGCGCCUUUGUUGGAGAAUCCAAAUAUGGAUUUUGAUGUUGGGGAUAUGGAGGCUUGGAAUGAUGGGUUUGGGGAGGGGGUGGGGGGGUGGGAUGCGGGGGUGGAGGAUAUUGGGAUGGGUGCUACUUCUACUAGUGCCAGUGUUAAGACAUAUGGAUAUGGAGAGAUGGGUUUACAGCCGCUUAAUACUCAUACUCCCACCGGAAUUCCAAUAUCAGACGCGGAAAUAGACCGACAACGAGCAGCAAACACAACAUAUCACGACCUAUGGGCCACAAUGACAAAUUCCUGGUCCGAACAAUCUCCUGGAUGGCCGUUGCCGAUGAUUCCUGAGAAUCCUGGUACUAGUAAUCAUGAAGCGAUUUUCGGGUAUCAAGUUGAUGAGGGUUAG